UGAGGCUCAUUCCAAGACUCGAACACUGGGCCUCUAUAAAAAAAAAACCAGACAAUCUUUCGUCUCAUUUUCGUACCUCCUGAAGAUCAAGAGUCAUGUACAAGGUUGCCGUCCUAUUAGUAUGCUUGGGCCUUGCCAGGGCCUUUGUUUUUGACAAUACUGGCUGUUCUGAUCGCGAGUUCAAGUGCCGUGAUGGCGAAUGCGUGGACAAAGACUACACGUGCGACACCGAGGACGACUGCACUGACGGCUCCGAUGAGAUAAACUGUGCCACCGACUGUUCCGGCGCUCAUCAGUUCAAGUGCAACUCGGGGAAGUGUAUCACACACGAGUAUUUCUGCGACGGCGAUGCCGACUGCGACGACGGCUCCGACGAGCUCGACUGCGGUAAAAAGAAGUGCGACCAGUAUGAGUUCCACUGUGUGUCUGACGGCAUCUGCGUCGAGGACACGUAUUACUGCGAUGGAACCAAGGACUGCACCGACGGCUCAGAUGAGGCCAACUGCACAUCGUGCCUUGAGGACCAAUUCCGAUGUACUUCCGGUUUGUGUAUCGACUUGCAAUGGAAGUGUGACGGCGACGAUGACUGUAGCGAUAGCUCAGAUGAACACCACUGCGGUUCCUGCAAGACCACCGACUUCACGUGCGCCAACGGCAGAUGCAUUCAGAAGAGCUGGGUGUGUGACGGCGACAAUGACUGUGACGACUUCUCCGACGAGAAGGGCAGUUGUGGGACCAUUGCUCCAAACCAGUGUCGCGACAUGCUGAUUGGCCGUGACUGUGCCCUGAUGAACGAGACUCACAACCCCAUCUGUCUGGACGAGGAAGACGGUAUCCACUACUGCAAGAAGUACUGUAACCUGUGUGGACCUGGACAGCCUGUUGGUUAAAUAAAGACAUUAACACGAA